UACAAAAACGAUAUUCGGCCAUUGCUUCGCGAUGGUGGCUUCGGGAUCCUUCAGGUAAAAAAAAAAAACAACAACAACAAAAAGAUAACUGAACCUCGCCGACGAAAUCCCGAGGAUCCACGGAGCUCAGCUUUCGCGCUCAGGUGUCAAAGGUGUUCAUUCCCCUUUGGCCUACGUGUGGAGGACUGAAUUUUUUUUUACUUUCGACGGUCCUCGAAUGACGGCGCAAGUAGAUUACCUGGUGGUGGUGUGCGCCGCCACAUCUGGGGCCGGCGGGGAGCUGCUGGGCUCUGACGAGAAGGAGCUAGCGAGGCUGGUGUGGCAGCAGGUGGAUGUCAACAACAAAAAGCUGGGCAAGGUGAACGAGCUGCUGAUUAAGGCUGAUGUGUCAGACUUGACGGAUGAAAAAAAGGAGGAGGAUUUGGUGGAGGAGCUUGUGGAAGAAGAAGAAAAUGUGUCCGGACCAGAUUGUGUCUUUACAGCGAAAAACCUGGAGACUGCUUUAAAUACGUUCCAUCUCCAGCUGACGAAUGAAGUGAACAGCGCAGGUGCAGGCACGUCAGUGUGUUUAUGUACCGACGGGCAGCUCCACAUCCGUCAAGUGAUUCACCCCGAGGCCGCCAGCAAGAGCAUCCUGAUCCCAGACUGUUUUUACUCCUUCUUUGACCUUCGUAAAGAGUUCAAGACGCACUUCCCCUCUGACCUGGGCGCUUUGGACGUAUACGCCAUGGCGGAGUCUUUAAACAUACCAAUAGAAGCGCCUGCUAUGUGCAGCUCCCUGGAUACAUUGGAUCCUUUAGCCAUAAUGCCUCCACAAGUAGCAGUUCAGACGGUCCGGCUGAUGGCCCAAAUCGUACUUAGCCUGCUUUCUGAGCCAUUUUGUCACACCUUCUCUAACCCGGAAAGAGUUAAUGAGAAGUUUGAGACGGGUACGUGCAGUAAAACGGAGAAAGUCAGUGACAGCACAGUAAUCAGAGCCAGAGGGUUGCCAUGGCAGUCGUCAGACCAGGACAUCGCGCGCUUCUUCAGCGGACUAAAUAUUGCCAGAGGAGGGGCUGCACUGUGCCUGAACGCUCAGGGGAGGAGGAACGGCGAGGCCCUCGUUCGUUUUGUCAGCGAAGAACAUCGAGACCUGGCGCUGCAAAGACACAAACAUCAUAUGGGCAACAGAUACAUCGAGGUUUACAAGGCAACUGGAGAAGACUUCCUGAAAAUAGCAGGAGGUACGUCCAACGAAGUAGCCGUAUUCCUGUCCCGCGAGGACCAGAUCAUAGUGAGGAUGCGAGGUCUUCCUUUCACGGCCACGCACGAGCAGGUGCUCGCCUUCUUCUCGCCGGAGGAUGGACUCAAAGACACGUGUCCGGUCAGCGGAGGCAGGGACGGCAUCCUAUUUGUGCGCUACCCGGACGGCCGACCCACCGGUGACGCCUUUGUGCUGUUCGCCUGCGACGAACAUGCCCAGUGUGCGCUCAGGAAACACAAGGAGAUCCUUGGAAGAAGAUAUAUUGAGUUAUUCAAGAGCACUGCAGCGGAGGUCCAGCAGGUGUUGAACCGCUAUUCGUCUGCCCCGCUGAUCCCCGUGGGCCCCGCCCCCUUGCUGUCAGUGUUGCCCACGGUGUCUCUCCUGCCCCCUCCCAUCAUCGUGAGGGACUGCCUGAGGCUGCGGGGCUUACCCUAUUCGGCGAGCAUAGAGGACAUUCUCGCCUUCUUGGGCGAGUUCACCCACGACGUUCGACCGCACGGUGUGCAUAUGGUCCUCAAUCAGCAGGGUCGUCCAUCAGGCGACUGCUUUAUCCAGAUGACGUCGGCAGAGCGAGCGCUUUCGGCCUCCCAGCAGCUCCACAAGCAUGUGAUGACCUGCCAGCACGGGCCCAACAGCCGCUACGUGGAGGUGUUCCCCUGCAGCGCCGAGGAGAUGGGCCUGGUGCUGAUGGGAGGCUCGCUCUCGCACACGCACACACACACACACAACCGGAACAGGAGUGGGACAGGGCUCAGCCCCCCGCCAUGUAAGUCCAGACGUUUAUCUCCGCCAUCGUACUCCUUCACCCCCACGGCACCUGUCCUGCCAACUGAGGCCGCCACCGCCCUCUAUCCUCCACUCGGUCAAAUGCUGCUAGGUCCUCGCGCCCUCCCGCCAGGACAUGCCUACUACCCAUCCUCGGGGCAGCUAUAUAUGAACUACACAGCCUACUAUCCCAGCCCACCUGGCUCGCCCACGACCGUCGGUUUCUUCCCAUCCCCGUCCGCUCUCUCCACCCCCGGGGGUUUCCUGAGAAUGCCGGGUCUGACCUACAACAGCAAAGACCUCAUUAGCGCGAUGCAGGGCUAUCAGACUGCCGUGGAGCCGGUCUCCGUCCUGAGCAGCAGCCUGCUCGGCCAAGCAGGCGGUGGCGAGCCUCCUGUCGUGUCUCUCCCCGCCCUGAUGACCAAGCCUACCGGACACUACCUGGACUUGAGCCUGCUCUAAGCCUCGCACACAUGUAUUGUUAGCUUUUUAUUUUUUCUUUCAAAGUAGUCUUAUUUAUAUCUUCAAAAACAGCUACUAUUAUAUUUUAUACCAUGUAUGGCUUUAGCCAAGAAAAGCAGUUUGUCUUUUAUUGCACAAAGUGUACCUUUAGAAAGAAAGAGAAAAAAAAGCUUUGUAAUUUUUUUUUUAAUGUGUUACAUUAGUUGAAUCAUCACUAUUAUAUAUUUGCUAGCCAAGGAAUGACUUUGUGGCAAGUGAGCUCAAUGUUUCAAGCUUCUCCGUGAAGAGAUAAACUGCGUGUGUGUGCGUGUGUGUGCGCGUGUGUGAGCAUGUGUGCACGCGCGUGUGUAUGUGUUUUAUAUACUUAGUGUUUUUACAAAACAACAUUUGGGCCACACUGGAAAAAAAAUUAACAAAAAAAGGAAGUUAUGACAAUGAAGUAACAUGAGGGGGACAAAGUUUUGUCAAUAAAAAGCUUCAAAAAAAUGUUUUAAAAGCAUUUUUGACUAAAAAGUCAUAUUACACGCUACAUUUUAUUUCUUUUAAAUCCUAAUGUAAUAUGAGAAAAUUACGGUGACAAAAAGUUUUGCAUGUUGAGAAGUUUGCAAUGUUAAGAGUCCUAGAAAAAAUGUUUUAAUAUUCUAACAUGUAAGAUAUGAUUAAAAUGGUAAUAUGAGGGGGAAAAAUUAGUUUCAAGAAAGUUUUUAAUUUUACCAAAAAAAUGUGUUGGGAGGCAAGAAACAUUAUUUCGGGAAAAACGUCUUGAUUUCGCAAGAAAAAAGUUUUUGUUUUUUAAAUAGUGCAAAGGAAAGAGUCAGAUUAAAAAAAAUCUUGGGUGACUAAAGUUGUAAUGCAAAAAAGUCCUACUAGAUUACAUUAUUCUCUUAAUCAGAUUUUUUGGGAGAAAAAAAUAUUUUAAGGGAAAAAUUACUUGUUUUAUUCCUAUUGAAAGUCCUAAAAGUAAAGUCAUAACAGUCAGGAAUUUGUCGGGGUUCUAAAAAUUAUUUUUUUACACACAAGUAAUGUUCUGAGAAUAAAAGUCAAAAUAUUUUUUGAGUCAUUAAAAAUAAAAAUAAAUCAUGUGUUUUCAUCAAACAUGUUACAAGAAUAAAGUUGACAUUUUAAAAAUAAAACAGAAAAAAAGCUUUUUCCCUAAAAAUAUCAAAAUGUAACAAGAAUCAAAUUAUUUUAAGCAUCAACAAAAAAAGAAAAAAGACAUAAUCGAAUCACAAUAUUGAGAAUAUACUGUAUUUAUGGAAUAUCAUAACAUGUUUUUUAAACCCUUCUCUUGGACUACUUAAUUCUUUUCAGUGUGGCCCCGCACCUCCCACUCAUUGUUGUCUUUGUCGUCCAUGUUUUAAUCACUAAAUUGUUUUUGUCAUCCACUUGAUGUGUUUUUAAUCCACAUCCAAUCCACACCGAUUGUAUUGGAAACUUUAAUGCAUGAAGAAGUUAGCAGUCAAAACUUCCGAUGUUUACAUGGGCCAAUACCGAUGUACUGCCAAUCGAUGCUCAUAACGGCACGGCAGGAUGUUUGAAUGCUGGUUUAUGUUACACUGUGAGUCACUAUCACUUACUUUGGAGCCGCUGAGAACGAGAGUGGGCUAAUACCGUUAGGCUCAUUUUGCAAGGGGAGCGGGGGACGGAGUUUCCCCAUUGGGAAUGCAUUUAAUCAAUUUCAGUGCACCCCCCAAAAAAACUGACAAAAAAAUGUGAAACAUUUUUGUCAUAGAAAAAUAGUCAUCAACAAUAUUGGACUAUAUAAAAAAAACGAUACUAACAUAAACACAAUCGAAAGAACAAAACAGUUUGUGCAUCAUGAUCAUUCAAUGGGCAUUGUAUUGCAAUGAUUUUUUUUGCAGAGGAUAAAGAAUGUAUGCCUGGGAGUAUUCUUGUAUGCACUGCAUGGGUUGACGCUUGUGUUCAGAUAUCAGUCGGUCAAAGGUUUCUAAUUACCGCGACAUUGAUGCUGCUUUUCUUAGCCCUUCUGUGUCGUUCUGCAUUGUGUAUUAGCAUCACGGAUCGCAGACUUAGAUAAAGUUCAUGUUUGGUUAAAUACACAACUUGUAAUUCUUACGUCUAGGCAGUAGCACUCAAGCUAAAAAAUAAAAUAAAAGUUCUGACUGCAGUAAUGGACCACAUAUUACACGACAAAUUUGUAACUUAUUCAUGUGUAUGGAUCUAAAAGAUAUGCCUUUUUGCUCUUCAUUUUUUGCACUUAUCUCAAACGUGACCAAAAUGCUGUUAGACCACUCUUGGUCUCAGUGGCUCAUUUGAUUUGGAAUGUGCCCUACGCAAUUUGUUGCCAAUGCUGUUGUGCCUUUUGUUGGGGGAUUAAAGCAGAGCUCCGGUUGUUUGCAUGGUUACAUUCACCAAGAGGACUUUUGUCAGCAUCUCAUCUUAACGGAGUGAAGCUUGAAAAUAAUCAUUUUAUGAGACAUUUCUCUACCAAAGGCUGCUGAAUAAACAGAAACUCUAGAUGCAGAUUGAAUACAUUUACAUUGUGACUUGAUGUUUUGUGUAUGUAGUAGGACUGGAAGGUCUUGCUGAAAAAUAAACCUAUGAAAUUUGCACCA